AAGAAAGCAAAACUAGCCUUCCAAAGGAGUCACCAACUGCAGAGGAACAGGAGGAUGAAGUAGAAAAGAAAAUCUCAGAAACUUUCUUCUAUAAUUAUGAAGAUAUAUAUUCACGGCCAUUUGUCACUGAAGACUCUGGGAUACCCGUUAACCUUCUUACUCUUAAACAUUCGUUUGGAUAUGACUGCACAAGAAGUGCAAACCUCCUGCCGAUGGAUAGCCAAACACUGAUGUAUAUAGCAGGCAACCAAGUGGUGCUCCUGGACCUCAGAACUAAAUCUCAAAGUUAUCUCCGGAGCACCAGUGGUGGUGGAAUUGGAUUUAUCGCGGCACACCCUACUAAGCAGUACUUUGCAGUAGGAGAAAAAGGAAAGAAGCCAAACCUCAUCAUCUAUGAUUAUCCUUUGCUGAGGCCCUACAGAAUACUGCGAGGUGGAACUGAGGAAGCCUAUGUUUCUGGUGACUUCAACAAUGCUGGCACUUUGCUGGCCAGUGUUGGGAGCAGCCCCGACUGCAUUCUGACUAUCUGGGACUGGAAGCAAGAAAAGAUUGUGUUGAGGUCAAAAGCUUUUUCAGAGAAUGUUUACAAGGUCACAUUUUCUCCUGAUAAUGAAGAGCAACUAACUACAUCUGGACCAGGACACAUCAGGUUCUGGAAGAUGGUUCUCACUUUCACUGGUCUCAAGUUACAAGGAGCUUUGAGAAGGUUUGGGAAAACAGCAAUGACCGACAUUAUAGGUCAUGUGGAGCUGCCUGAUGGGAAGGUUAUCUCAGGGACUGAGUGGGGCAAUUUGCUGCUUUGGGAAGGGGGCCUCAUUAAAGUAGAGCUCUGUCGAGCUGGGAAAAAGCCUUGUCACAGUGCCACUGUCAGCCAGAUAGUUCUGGAUGAAGGAGAACUUAUCACUGUUGGAAAAGACGGUUUCAUUCGGAUGUGGAAUUCUGAGGCAAUAGAUGCUGCUGAUCCUGUGGAUGACACAGAGUUAUUGGAGGUGGAGCCCAUGAAUGAACUUUGUGUUGGCAAGAAUGUCAGUCUGAGUUGGAUAUCAAAAGUUUAUGACGGUGGACAGCCCAUUUGGUACGCUCAGGAUACCAAUGGAGCAAUCUGGAAGCUGGAUUUGUCUUUUUCAAAUAUGACCCGAGAUCCAGAGUGCCUGUUUACGUUUCACUCUGGAAGGAUUGAGGCCAUGAGUGUCUCUCCCAUUACAUAUCUUAUGGCCACCACUGCCCUUGACCGGUCAGUGCGUAUCUAUGAUUUCAUCAGCAACAGGCAACUGAGUGAAAUUAAAUUUAAACAAGGAGGAACAGCACUGAUGUGGGCACCUCAUGUUGUAAAUCCUAAAGGAGGUCUAAUCGCUGUGGGGUUUGAAGAUGGUGUUGUCCGCAUAAUUGAAGUUUAUGAUCCCAAGGGACUGCCUAUUCUUCCAGGACAGACCAAUAUAAAGAGUGCAGAGAUAAAUCUGAAAAAAGCUUUCAAACCUCAUGCUACUGCAGUUACGGCUUUGGCAUAUGAGCGAAACGGACAUGUGCUUGCCACAGGAAGUAAAGACAAAACUGUUUUCUUUUUUGCUGUUGAAGAUGAAUAUGAGCCAAUUGGAUUCAUCUGUGUCCCUGGGCCUGUGCAGGCAUUACAGUGGUCUCCACCUUCCCAUGCAAAGAGCACACUGCUCAUCCUUUGCGAGAAUGGCUUUGUUCUCCAGGUUCCUGCCCCUGUCCCUGAGGAACGGGAUACAGCGUCCACCUAUCAAAUAAAAAACCUGUCAACACAGUACUUCCAUUUUUACAGUAUUAAGUCUCGAAUCAAGCUGGAAGAGGAGAUUGCACUGAGAGAGAAAAAAAAGCAAGAGAAAGAGAAAGAAAAACUUGAAUGGGUAAGGCAGCAGCUGGAGAUGGGAAAUGAGAUAAAAGAAGAAAAACCUGAAAAGGAGCCUGAAGAAGAGCCAUUGCCACCUCUCUACAUACCGAAGGAGCCCAGUCCCAUUCUCUGUGGGUUUUAUUCAGCACCAGGAAAAUUUUGGCUUUCCUUGGGUGGUUAUGACUCAGGGUUCCUCUAUCACUGUGAAUUCUCACAUGAUCAGGAAGAAGAUCCCCAAAACAGGAAGGAUGAACCCUUUGAAGUGAUCCCUAUUGAGGACACUGAUGACAAUCCCAUCCAGCAAAUCUCCUUCUGUGCCAGCAGACAACUGAUGUUCUGUGGGAUGCAGAAUGGUGCACUGCGAGUUUAUCCUCUCUGCGAUAAAGACGUCUCAGUGGAUACCCUGAAGGAAUACUGGUCCUUCAAUGUACAUGACAAUGAUUAUGGCCAGAUCCGGGGAAUCUGUUCCAGUUAUGAUGAUAGGUUUCUGAUUAGCUGUGGUGGAGAUGGAAACAUUUUUGCUUUCAACAUCUUGUCUCCAGUGGAUGUUCACAAAGAGCUAAAAGCCAAAAUCCCCUCUCCUAGGAGUGGUCCUGAGAAGGAGAAGGCUGUUGAAGACAUUGAGGAUCCCAAUGCCUACCACAUUGAGGAAGUCAAGCAGAUGAAAGAGAAUGAACGGAUAAUGAAGGAAGCUGAAGAAAAAAAAAGGAAGAAAAGAGAAGAAUUAGUUGCACUGAGGCAUAAGUUUCUUCUUCUUCUUCAAAAGAAUCAAGAGUUGCCCAAGCAUAUGCAGCUGCGCAGAGAGCAGUUUGAGAUGGACCACGGGAUCUUUGAGGAGCUGUCUAGGCAGACGGCACAGAGAAUCCAGUUAGUGCAGAAGGAGCUGGCUUGGGAGCGUGAGAAACGCUUGAUUGGACUUCAGAAACUGCGAAAUCAGUUUCGGGACUCACUGGAAUUUGACACUGUUGUUGUUCAUGCUAUUCAAAGCAAUCAUCAGAUUUCUACUUAUAGACUUCUAGCAAUGUCUAAGAAAUACUACCAGGAUGAACCAGCAUGGGAACAACCAGAAGAAAAGGAGAUCAUCACAGAGACAACACCUAUGCAUAAGGCGAACGAUGACCAUUUAAAUUUUAACGGUGCUAGAAUUUUCGAGGGCGAGGCUGAAAAGCUGAAGACAUCAGAGGUCCGAAAGCAAGCUGCACAUUAUAUAGAAAGUAAACAUGAGAAAAUCAGAAGAAUCGUUGAGAAAUCUGACGAGGUGGAAGCUAAGAUCAUGAAAAGGAAGGCUGAGUGGGAUGAAUUAUACAAGAGCAAACCUAGUGAUGACUAUGAGAAUCCCAAAGAUAUUGAGGACAUCAAAAAAGCAUGGGAAACUAUGGGAUAUUAUGAGCUGAAGGCUUCCCCAAGCUAUAGAGUCCCUGAACACAAGCGUAUGAACAUUGAGAAGAAGGUGAUGCAGCUUAGAUCCCUGGAAGUGUUGAUCCAUGAGAGGAAACUGAGUAUGAACAAAGCGAUCAUGUCUUUGCGGGAUCUCAAGGUUUCUAUUAUUGAUGAAAUCAAGCGUUUAGUUCAAGAAUUGAAAUCCAUACAGGCAGCCUUGGAUUUAUCAGAAUGCCUCCCUCUUCCCCUGAUCCCUCAGUUAUACCCAGAUGAGAUUCCUGAAAAAAAAUUUGAGUGUGACAGUGACACCCUCCUGAAGUUCAAGGAGGAGCAGGAGGCCAAGACAAAAGUCCAGGAACAAUUGAAAGAGUCUCCUUCAUCUCAUGAAUCUAGGCAUGAGCUUCUUCGAGCUCCUUCCAUUGAAGAGACUGACCCUGUGGCACAGGCUACAGGUAUACACCCGAUGAAAUCAGCGGUCACAGAGCAGCAAAAGGUGCUUGAGAUUGAGAAGGCAGAGCCAACGGAAAUGGAACUGGAAAUUUUAAAGAGGGAGAAGAUAAAAAAUCUAUACUUUCAGGAGACCUUGAUUAAAAAGAUCAAUGCACUGGUGAUCAACUUUGAUGCUGAACUUCGCCUUCUGCGACACAAGAAACUGAAGCUGGAUGUGCAGAUGAAAAUUGCUGACCUGCGCUACAUCACGUGGUAUGAAGAGCUGCUUAUCCUGAAGAACAUGGAGAAACAUGAGAACCUUCUCAAGGAACGUGUUAACACCCUCAUCAGUGACCAAAAGACCACACAAUCAAAACUGAACAGCUACCUUGCACAGAUGGAGGAUAGAAAGUGUGAGAUUGUGAAGCUUCAGGAAUGUGAGAAGGCUCUUUAUGCCAACUUCCAAGCAUCGCUUGGAGAAAACAAUGAGUUUGCUGAUUUUCUGACCAAGGUUCUGAAGAAGAAAAUCAAGUGCAUGGAAAAAGAAGAAGAAGGAAGAGAAGCAGAUGAAGAAGAGGAGCAUGAAGAGAAGCAUGAAGAGGAGUCCAGCUUGAAGACUGAUAAAGAAAAUUCUGAAUCUGAAGACUAUGAUGACUCCGUUUGCCCAGAGAAGUGGUUGGACAUUGAGAAAGCUUUAACAAAGGAGAAGAAAGCUGCUGCUCACCUCAGAAAGAAAUGCAAUGCCUUGGCCAAAAAGGCAAAAGUAGUGGAAACCAGUCUGGACACUGCAGACCAGGAACUGGAGACCUUUCAGUGGGAAAAACAGCAGAGAAUGAAUGAGCUAUAUGUAGUUGUGCCUUUGAAACUCCAUCAGGUGGAGUACUUGGUUAAUGGAGAGAUGCCCAGUGACUUCUCCCAUGCUUUGGUGUUUACCAACCAGUCCUUAGAGUAUCUGCAGAAGAGAAUUGUGGACCUACGUAAUGAAAAGAUAGCGCAAAGAGAGAUCUAUAAGAAGGCCCAGAAGCAACAUAAGCAGCUUGUCCAGGACAAAAAGGAGAUGGAGAUAAAGAUUCGACGACUGGAAGAGACAUGCAAUGAUCUGAUGAUGAAGAAGUUUGGCCGACUGGUUGAUUUUGAAGCAGUUCAAGCACGCUCUGUUAAUAUACACGUGGAAAAGCUGAAAGUGCAAAUAAUGGAGAAAGAAUAUGAGCACUCCCAGGAGCUCGAAGAGUGGGAGAAAAGAAUCUCAGACCUGCAGCAGCAGCUAAUGAAGCUGACAAAGGAAAACACCAGCAAGAUGCAGCAGCUGAACCAGUUUUACCUUGAAAAGGAGCAACUUGAAACGAAGCUAGCUUCACUAAAGAAUGAUGUGUCAGCAGUUUGGGCUAAUAUUUGCCUGGUGGCACAAGGGGAGUGGCUGACCAAGUAG